ACUGGGGGCUGUUGGUGAGGUAAACAAGCGCCGCUAACAUCCGAAAGCUCUGAAGACAGGGAGCGGGGCUGAAGCGGCACGGAUACUGACCGAGGAGAAGGCCGUCCAUGUCAAAGAUGACAUGAGUGACCGGCUUGAAGGUCUCGGAGCAGCUCGCCGCCAUUUCCAGGUGAGCGGGGGAAAAGGAGGACCGACUAUCAGCUUCCCAGAGAACAUGAAGAUCUUGCUGGUGUUCUUUCUACUCCACUUGCCAAUAGGAAAUCUGGGGCAAAGUGCAAAUAAGCAGUCCAACUAUGUUCUAAUUAUGGCAGAUGACCUCGGUAUUGGAGACCUGGGAUGUUAUGGAAACACCACACUGAGGACACCCCAUAUAGACAGUCUGGCGAAAGAUGGAGUAAUGCUGACUCAGCAUAUAGCCGCAGCUACCUUAUGCACCCCAAGCAGAGCUGCUCUUCUGACGGGCAGGUAUCCAAUCAGGUCAGGAAUGACCAGCCUCCAUAGAAUAGGUGUCUACAUAUUUGCAGCCGGGUCAGGUGGACUUCCCACAAAUGAGACAACCUUCGUCAAGCAGUUGAAAGAGCAAGGCUAUUCCACUGGCCUUGUUGGGAAGUGGCACCUUGGUUUAAACUGUGAAUCGAGUGAGGAUCACUGUCACCAUCCAUUCCGGCAUGGCUUUGACUACUUUUAUGGCCUUCCGUUGACCAACCUGCGUAACUGCAAGCCCAAUGCAGGCAAUAUCAUCAUAGUGGGGAGCCGGAGUAAUGUACGGACCGUGGUCCAGGCUACGAUUCUUGCCCUGUGCGUGCUGCUGCUGCUGGACCUUUUUCACCUCGUGACGGUGCCUUGGAGAGCUCUGGGUUUCGUCUUUCUGGCUGUCGCACUAUUGCUCGUUGUCGUGUUGCUUUUCUUGUCCCAGUUUCGCAACAUCAACUGUAUCCUGAUGAGAAACAGGAGGGUCAUUCAGCAACCCUUUUCAUGUGAGAACCUGACACAGAGGAUGACCAGUGAAGCCACGAGUUUCAUGGAACGAAACUCGGACCGUCCAUUCCUGCUCUUUAUGUCUUUCAUACCCGUCCACACAGCACUAUAUGCUUCUCCAGAUUUUUUAGGUAAAAGCAGGCACGGCUUGUAUGGCGACAGCGUGGAGGAGAUGGAUUGGAGCGUAGGACAAAUCUUGGCUUCAUUGGAAAGGCUCAAUCUAAGUAACAGGACUCUGGUUUACUUCACCUCGGACCAAGGUGCCCAUAUUGAGGAGAUCUCUGAUGCUGGGGAGGUCCAUGGAGGAUGGAAUGGCAUCUACAAGGGAGGAAAAGCAACAAACUGGGAAGGUGGCAUCCGGGUGCCAGGUCUCCUCCGUUGGCCUGGAGUGCUAACAGCGGGCAAGAGCAUCAACGAGCCGACCAGCAACAUGGAUCUCUUCCCAACCAUCUUCAACCUAUCGAAAGCUGCAAUGCCAAGAAACAGGAUAAUCGAUGGCCGGGACCUGAUGCCUUUACUCCUAGGUGAAGUGCAGCAGUCCGAUCACGAGUUUCUCUUCCACUACUGUAAUAGCUAUUUAAGUGCAGUUCGCUGGCAUCCAAGGCAUAGCUCCUCUGUGUGGAAAGCCCACUUCUUCACACCAAACUUCAAUCCGGAAGGGACACAAGGUUGCUUCGACACGCACGUUUGCAUGUGCUAUGGAGCUUAUGUCAGUCAACAUGACCCACCUUUGCUCUAUGACCUUUCGAGAGACCCAGCAGAAUCAUCGCCUUUGACACCCACCUCAGAGCCCCGUUAUCAUCAAAUUCUGGAAGCGAUGAGAGAAGCCGUGGACAAGCACCAGAGGACUCUGACGCCGGUGCCUGAUCAGCUGUCACUCAAUAACGUGAUUUGGAAGCCUUGGCUCCAGCCGUGCUGUAGCACUGUGUGGGAGCACUGUCACUGUGAUAAUGAAAGAAGCAGAAGCCCAGCACUGGAUGGGAAUACGGAUUAGAAACAAUUCCUUCAUCUUGAGUUUGAAUUCAAUCUAGAUUGAAGGAAAAAUGUGCGUGUGGGAUAACUAUAUUUUUCUCCCUCUCUUCGCCUGUUCAGCACAUUCUUAUCUUUUCUUUUUUUCUUUCCCUGCCUUUAUUUUUGCUUCACCCCUCUUUCUCUCUCUCUCUCUCUCUCUGCACCCCACCCCCCCACCUCACAUUCUAUCUUUCACACUAUCUCUCGCACUCCCCCAUAACGAAAGAUGGUUGGAGUAAGGUUAUAUUGGCAGUCUUGCUCAGUCUAAAUGGCUCGCUGGUGUGUCUAUUGGGAAUGAUGCACCUGUACAUCACUGAGAAUUCUACUAAAGUUCAGGUUAAGGCAGGGGUUGAAGAGGUUGUUGUUGACAUUCUUUUAUCAAUGAACACAAAAAAUAGGAAGAAGCCUGAUUCCGGUUUGAACUCAAGCUGCCAAGUACGGUUGGGAUAAUUAUCGACCCAUCUACCUGAUCUAAAUUAAGGUGCGCCCACCACGCUUCAGGCAUUGCACCUCGCCGUAUACGUAUCACUCCUUUGUUGCGCAGGAAAGGAGAUGGAAAGGGAAAGAAAGCCAGUCAUUUCCUGAUGGUUCAUUCUGACCCUGGGGAGGGGCUGGGCUUUUGCAAGUACUUGCCUAAUCAACAAGAGAAAACCUCAAUCUUCUACUUCAGCACCUGCGGAAGACCCAACAAAUGUUUCUAUUGACAUCAGGACGUGCCACAAUGGCAGCCUGAAAGGGGUGGACUAUGUUACACAAAAACAGCUCAGCAAACUCUAUGACUCCAUAGCAGACUAAUACCUCACGCAUUACGUGGUGGAGCAGCAUAUCCUCUGACAUACUGGCAGGAAAACCACGGGAGGUCUGCCACGCUACAGAUUUUGCAUACGCACGUGGCAUCCUAUAGGAAGGGUUGGAUUUGGUCGUUAAUCGUACAAAAAUAAAUUUUAAGGACUUGCAUUUAUAUACUGUGUUUCAUGGCCUCAGGUCAUCUCAAAGUGCUUCGCAGCCACUGAAAUACCUUUGAAGUGCAGGCACCGUUGUAAUGUAGGAAAUCGAUGGCGUUGCAUUAAAAAAGGGUUAAAUGCAAAAAUCAUUACCACUUAGGAACCUCUGGACCCUUUCCACUCUAAAGGAAAUUAUUGAGGCAUAUUUGAUAAGCAAAUAGUUAUAAAUCUGCCCAGUUCUCUCUAAAUCUCUAAAAAUGACUUGGUUGUUAAGUUUUUUUAUAUAUACUGUGUUCUCAGUGUGUUUGCUAAUGUUGGAAUUUUAAUAUUUUGUGAAGGGGUUUAUCAAAUAAAAACCAUGCGGAACACA